AUGAUCCACCCGGGCCGGUUCGGUAAGAGGGACCAUGUGAUCUCCUGCGAUGACACCAAGGACGGGAAGAACCCCUGCGUCGCCACCUGCGACAAGCGCUGCCCCAACGAGUGCAUCGUUAUGUGCCCAGGUUGCAAGACCUACUGCUUGUGCGACUUCUACCCCGGCAUGUCGUGCGGGGACCCACGCUUCACUGGUGCCGACGGCAACAACUUCUACUUCCACGGCAAGAAGGAUCAGGACUUCUGUGUCCUCUCCGAUGCCGACCUCCACAUCAACGCUCAUUUCAUCGGCAAGCGCAACCCCACCAUGAGCCGUGACUUCACCUGGAUCCAGGCUCUAGGCAUCCGCUUCGCCGACCAUCAGCUGUAUAUGGGUGCCCAGAAGACCAUUGAGUGGAACAACGACAUUGACCGCCUAGAGAUGGCCUUCGACGGAGCAUCUAUUGAAAUCCCUGCCAACCUUGGUGCCAAAUGGGAGUCUGACAUCAUUCCAGGGUUGACCGUCACUAGGACUGCUGUCACCAACGGUGUGAGGGUGCAGCUCCAGGGAGUGUUCGAUAUCAUGGCUAAAGUUCUGCCCAUCACUGAGGAGGACUCCCGCAUCCAUAAUUAUGGUGUGACCAAGGAUGACAGCCUUGCACAUUUGGACAUCGGGUUCAAGUUCAACAACCUUACUGACGAUGUCCACGGCGUGCUAGGGCAGACCUAUCGCUCCGAUUACGUCAACAAGCUUAGCAUGACUGCUAACAUGCCGGUCAUGGGUGGUGCUACUAGGUAUGUCUCCUCUGGCAUCUUUGCCACUGACUGCGAAGUGGCAAGGUUUGGCCACCAUGUUGGCAUCUCCAUGGUUACUGCUCAGGCUAACUAA